CUGGCGCUCGGGUCGCGUCUGCCGGUCGCAGGGAGACUGGAGCCCGGGAGCCGCGCCGCCCGCCGCCAUGCGGUUCCGCUUCGGGGUGGUGGUGCCGCCCGCGGUGGCCGGGGCCGGGCCGGAGCUGCUGGUCGUGGGGUCCCGGCCUGAGCUGGGGCGCUGGGAGCCGCGCGGGGCGGUGCGCCUGAGGCCGGCGGGCGCGGCGGCGGGCGCGGGGGCGCUGGCGCUGCAGGAGCCGGGCCUGUGGCUCGGGGAGGUGGAGCUGGCGGCCGAGGAGGCGGCGCAGGACGGGGCGGAGCCGGGCCGCGUGGACACGUUCUGGUACAAGUUCCUGAGGCGCGAGCCGGGAGGAGAGCUCUCCUGGGAAGGCAAUGGGCCUCACCACGACCGUUGCUGUAUUUAUAAUGAAAACAACUUGGUGGAUGGUGUUUAUUGUCUCCCAGUAGGACACUGGAUCGAGGCCACUGGGCACACCAAUGAGAUGAAGCACACAACAGACUUCUAUUUUAAUAUUGCAGGCCACCAAGCCAUGCAUUAUUCAAGGCUCCAGAUGCGCAGGCUCAGUAGUUGUGGCUCACGGGCCCAGCUGCUCCGCGGCAUGUGGGAUCUUUCCGGACCGGGGCACGAACCCGUGUCCCCUGCAUCGGCAGGCGGACUCCCAACCACUGCGCCACCAGGCAAGCCUCUUAUUAGAAUUCUACCAAAUAUCUGGCUGGGUAGCUGCCCUCGCCAAGUGGAACAUGUAACCAUCAAACUGAAGCAUGAACUGGGGAUUACGGCUGUAAUGAAUUUCCAGACGGAAUGGGAUAUUGUACAGAAUUCCUCAGGCUGUAACCGCUACCCAGAACCCAUGACUCCUGACACUAUGAUUAAGCUGUAUAAGGAAGAAGGCUUGGCCUACAUCUGGAUGCCGACACCGGAUAUGAGCACUGAAGGCCGCGUCCAGAUGCUGCCGCAGGCGGUGUGUCUCCUCCACGCGCUGCUUGAGAACGGACACACCGUGUACGUGCACUGCAACGCCGGGGUGGGCCGCUCCACCGCCGCCGUCUGCGGCUGGCUCCAGUACGUGCUGGGCUGGAAUCGCAGGAAGGUGCAGUACUUCCUCGUGGCCAAAAGGCCGGCUGUGUACAUUGAUGAAGACGCCUUGGCCCAGGCAGAGGAAGACUUUUAUCAGAAAUUUGGGAAGGUUCGGUCUUCCAUAUGCGGUGUAUAGGUGAUGGAUC